ACGCCUCGCAGUGUCUCUCCGUGCGUCUCUCUCUUCAUCGGAAUCUUCAUUUAGACCGCGGGAGAAAUCCGAUGAGCCGAAAAGCGCUUUUUGCACAGCUGUCCAGCAGAGACGUCUGUGAAAAACGACCGCAUGUUUCAACUGAUUGACUGGAGGCGAUCUGUCUGAAUCAUGAGUUAGUGUGCUGCCUUUGACUGCUCGUGUUAUGACCUGUGAAAGAUAGCUGGCUGGCUGGCUGUCUGACUUGAUCGCUUUGGAGCCGUGUGUCCAGCUGAUCGCCUGUCGCACCGGCUGUUCGCUGGCUCUUCGCAAUCGAACGCAGGCGAUCAAUUACCACUGACGAUAUUGGCAGAUGCCGAUGGGCCACCAACAUCUCUUAACGCAACGUCUGCCAAGUCCAUUUACCCCUUCACGUUCGCCCCGCCGCUGAAAGCUUUUUUUUGUUUUUAGUUUGUUUUGGUUGAGCGGUUCAAGCGCUCCUUCGAUGUCGGAGACGAUCUCACCGUAACGAAGAAACGAAGCGACGGACCCGUCUCUUUCCCGACGCCAGACGGAUAGUUUUGCUGUAAAGGCCGCGCUCAUGCUGGAGGUGGGGGUCCGCGUGGUGCGUGGCCGUGACUGGCGCUGGGCCGACCAGGACGGCGGCGAGGGCCACGCGGGCACUGUGGUUCUGGUGGCGCGACGCGGCGAGAAGGCGGCGAGGGAGGCACGCACCGUGGUGGUGCAGUGGGACACGGGAGCGCGCGCAGACUAUCGAGCCGGCUACCAGGGCGCACACGACCUGCUGCUGCUGGACAACGCGCAGAUCGGCGUACGGCACCCGAACAUCGCGUGCGACGCCUGCGGCACGCGCGGCCUGGCGGGGCUGCGUUGGCGCUGCGUCUCGUGCCGCGACUUCGACCUCUGCACGCGCUGCUACGCGGGCAGCCGCCACGAGCUGUCGCACGCGUUCCAGCGCUACGAGCACGCGCGCGCCGUGCCGGUGGCCGUGGGCUGCCGCAUGGGCCUGCAGAGGGUGCAACUCAUGGGGAUAUUCCCGGGGGCAAAGGUCGUGCGAGGGGUGGACUGGGAGUGGGGCGAUCAGGACGGCGGUGCAGGUGGCGUGGGCCGCGUGACGGAGCUCCGCGGCUGGGACGGCGACGAGCGAAGCGGCGUGGCGUGCGUGCUCUGGGAGGCGAGCGGCAGUCGCAGUGUGUACCGCGUCGGGCACCAGGGCCGCGUCGACCUGCGCUGCGUCAGCCCAGCCCUGGGUGGCCACUACUUCCGGGAGCACCUGCCCAGCCUGGGGCAGGCAGCGGCGCUGUGCGGGUCGGAGCGCGUCUCCUCGGCCUCACCGCUGCCCGCGUCUCCGUUCCGCCCGCGCGACGCGCGGCCCGGCACGCUGCGUGUCCUGCAGCGGGGCCACGGCGGCUGGAACAGCGAGAUGACCCAGUACAUGGGGCGUCUCGGACGGGUGAACCGCGUGACGGAAAGCGGGCACGUGCACGUGGCCCACCCCAGCGGCACGCGCUGGACCCACAACCCACACGCGCUCACCAAGGUGGGCGCGAUGGGCCGCGAGAGAGGAGUUGUUGUCCUGGGAGCGGCGUCCCUCGUAGACGACUCCACGUGCGUCUCGACGGCCGCGCCCGAAGAGGUCGCUCGGCCCAAGACUCGCGGGGCGAGCUCGCUGGGCUCUCUGCUCGAGGUGGUGCUGCGUGGGGGACCACCGCCGUCCUCGUCCCGACCCUCGAGCGCCCGCGGAGACCCCCCGGGGGUGCUGCUCGUCACGCACGCGGUGCUCGGGCACGUGCGGGAGAUGCGCGCGCUGCUCGACGCGUUCCCGCACGAGGUGGACGCGCAGGUGGAGGGCAAGACGGCGCUGCAGGUGAGUGCGCACCUGGGCCACGGCGCUGCCGUGUCGCUGCUGCUGGAGCGAGGGGCCGACGCGACGCGCCGGGACCCCGACGGAGACACGGCCCUGCACUACGCGGCCUACGGGAGCCGCGAGGCGGUGUGCGAGCUGCUGCUGCUGCAGGGCGGCGUCGACCCAGACGUCGUGAACUCCUCCGGCUCCUCGGCGUUGCACGUGGCGGCCAACCGCGGCUACGCGGAGGUGGCGCACGUCCUCUGUGAGCACGCCUGUGACGUCAACGUGCAGGACGCAUGCGGGGACACGGCUCUGCACGACGCGCUGGCCAAGGAGGCGCGCGGGGUCGCUGCGCUGCUACUCGCCGCUCCCUCCGCCGACUUCUCGCUCCGAAACCGCCGCGGCUUCAACAUCCUGCACCAGGCUGCGCUCAAAGGGAACCAGCUAGCGACCUCCGUGGUGCUGGAGCGAGCGCGCCAGCUGGUGGACGUGGCCAAGGAAGACGGCUACCGCCCCGUCCACCUCGCCGCCCUCAACAACCACGCCGCCGUGGUGCACAUGCUCCUCCGCCAGGGCCGCUGCGACGCGGACGCGGCGACGGGGCGGCUGCAGACGGCGCUGGCUCUGGCGGCGGGUCAGGGCCACGCCGGGGUGGCGCUGGUGCUCGUGCGCGACGGCGCCUGCUCGACCAACGCCCGCGACGCCGAGGGGCGCACCGCGCUACACGCCGCGCUGGGGGCACGCCGGCUCCACGUCGCGCCCUGGCGGCCCCAGCCGGCGUGCGGGGACGAGACCGAGAUGCUCGCCGAGCUGCGAGCGUCGGGAUUCUUCCCGGAGGCGGCGCCGGUCGGAGUGGCCAUCGCGUGCUUCCUCGCUCAGUGUGGGGGGGAUCUCUUCGUCCGCGAUCACGCCGGCCGCUCGCCGCUCGGCCUGGAGCCCGACCCCGGCGUGCGCCAGCUGCUCGGACACUUCGCGCAGAGGCACAGGAGGUGGGUGUCCGGCUCCGUGGGGGGUCCUGUCGCCCUGCGCAGGGUGCACACGACGCCGCUCAUGACGGUGACGAACCUGGACGGCGUGGAGCAGCUGGGAGGCGGCGAGUGCUUGGUCUGCUCCGAGCCGUGCUCGCCCUCGCUCCUCCUGCCCUGCCAACACCGCCUCGCCUGCGAGGGGUGCAGCCUGCGGAUGAAGAGGUGUUUCAAGUGUCAGGUGACCAUCACCAAAAAGCUCAGGGAAGACGGAAGCGUCAUCGAGUGCCCGACGCGCUCGUCAUGUUUCCCGCUGCCGGGCGGCGGCCGCGACGACUGCGCCGGCAACGUCAAGGACCCCUUCCCGGGCACCAGCGGCGGAGACAGCGCCGGAACCUCGGGCAGCAACAGCGGCGGCGACGAAAACGAUCCCGGCAGCGACGACGACCACGACGACGCGGCGGCGGCGGCAGCGGAAGAGGAGGCCGAGGGAUUGUCCGAGAACGGCCCGGCGCUGCGCGUGCGGUGCCGCGACAUGGAGGCGCGGCUGACGUGCGCCGUGUGCAUGGAGCGGCCGCUGGGCCUCGUCUUCUCCUGCGGCCACGCGGCCUGCAGCCAGUGCGGCCUCAUGCUGCGCGCGUGCCCGCUGUGCCGCAGGGACGUGACGGAGCGCACGCACAUCUACGUGUGACGCGGCCCCCACCUCAAUGACCGUUGCGAUGCCCCCCUACCACACACACCCCUCUCCCUCCUGGAAUCCAUCUGUGCGGCAUCUCGGGGUCGCAAUCGACGGCGGCGCCCUCACCUGCACGCUGCCGCCGUGUCUUUCCCACGCACCUCCGGUGUGCACGCUUGGCUACGUACGGUGCGAAAAGAGUUCAACCUACAAACAUACUUCUAGAUUUGAAGCUUUCGUGACUGCAAGGAUUCAUGCUCCUAGUUCUUUCGGUAAAG